UUUGCUCCUCUGCCCCAAAGAAGAAGCUACACACGAUGAUGAAGCUGCUGCACGUCUUUUUGGUCCUGGCGCUGCUGGCCCUGGGCUCUGGAGAGGAGGGCGCCCGUCUGCUGGCCUCCAAGUCCCUGCUCAACCGCUACCACGUGGAAGGCCGAGACCUGACCCUGCAGUACAACCUCUACAACGUGGGCUCCAGCGCUGCUCUGGAGGUGGAGCUGUCUGACGAUUCCUUCCCUCCCGAGGACUUUGGAAUCGUUUCGGGCAUGCUGAACGUGAAAUGGGACCGGAUUGCGCCAGCCAGCAACGUGUCCCACACCGUCGUGCUGCGCCCCUUGAAAGCCGGCUACUUCAACUUCACCUCAGCCUCCGUCAGCUACCUGGCUCAGGAAGGCGGACAAGUUGUGGUGGGCUACACCAGCGCCCCUGGGCAGGGCGGCAUCCUUGCUCAGAGGGAGUUCGACCGCCGCUUUUCCCCGCAUUAUCUGGACUGGGCCGCCUUUGGUGUGAUGACCCUCCCCUCCAUCGGCAUCCCGUUCAUGCUCUGGUACUCCAGCAAGAGGAAGUACGACUCUCCCAAGGCUAAGAAGAACUGAGGGGGCGGGGGGGGGAAAUUACUUUUUUUUUUUUUUUUUUUUUUUUUUUUUAAUAUAAAGGGUUUCAGACUGGAGGGUCUGUAAGGGGUUAAGUGGGCGCAGGAGGUCUGAGAAGCUUAAUAACCCAUAUUGGGAGCGAGAAGGUGUGCCAGUGAUUAAAUGUCAACAAGGAGGUUCUUAAUGGGAGAACAAUUACAGUGACAGUUUCUAUCGUUUGCAACUGUAUAUUGAACUCAGUUUUGAAGUUGUUAGACUUCACUAUGAAUAAAAAUUGAAUUAUUUUUUUUUUUUUUUACUAAA